AUGUCUGGAGUCGGUCGUCGCCUUGGUGUCGUCGCGCUCGCUCUCGUCUGCACUGGCGUGAAUGCGGGCCCUGUGCAAGCUCCCAUUAUUGUCCCACCUCCUUAUGCGGCUGAAUAUGCGCAGAAGACGCAACGUUUGCACAGGGAAUAUGCCUGGGGACACGACGACCUGAGCCCAGUCAGUGAGAGCUACUCUGACAGCUACGGUGGUUGGGGUGCUUCCAUUGUAGAUGCGUUGGAUACCAUUGACAUCUUCGAGGAAGCUUUGAACUUUUCGUCCACGGUCGACUACAGCACGACACCCACAGGCGAUCAGAUCGACUUGUUCGAGACGACUAUCCGAUAUGUCGCCUCUUCGCUCUGCACGUACGAGCUCAGUGGACAGAAAUAUCCUGCCCUCGUCAACCAGUCAAAAGUGCUUGUGGACAAGAUGGUGAACGCGUUUGUCGGGGAUAACCAAAUUCCGUAUGGCUAUCUGAAUUGGAACAAUGCCACUCCCGUGACGGGAACGACGAACAUCGCUGAGGCCGGAACUUUACCCCAUGCUAUUCCGUUGACCAACAUUCUGAGCGUCUUUAGGAAAUACACCGGAAACGACACCUACCGCGAGCUCGCAGAGAAGCCUGUUAUCUACAUCGCCAACCUUCCUCCGCCACUUUCGAACCUCCCUGCACAAGUGAUCGACCCCACCUCUGGCCAAUUCGCUGAUGCCUACGUCACAUGGGGCGGUGGCUCUGACAGCUACUUCGAGUACCUGAUCAAAUACGCGCGCCUCACGAACACGGACAACAAUUUGUUCGCGGAUGCGUGGGCGUCUGCCGUGGAUUCAUCGAUCUGGAACUUGGCGAGGUCGUCGACGGUGGAUGACUGGCAGUACUUGGCCGACUGGGACAACGGCACCAUCAUCCACAUUGGUUCUCAUUUGGAGUGCUUCCAUGCAGGGAAUUGGAUGCUCGGUGGUAAGCUCCUCAAUAACGAGACCAUUGUCAACUACGGUCUUGCUCUCAUGGAGGCUUGCUGGAACACGUACGCCAGCACUACCACGGGCAUCGGCCCUGAGGUCUUCGGCUACUUCUCGUCCGACGGCAACUACACCGGCGCUUCUCCCUCCUCUGGGGACCUCGCCUUCUACGAGAAGUACGGGUUCUUCAUCUACCCGGGUUACCAGGACUACUACCUCCGUCCUGAGGUGCUCGAGUCCAACUUCUACGCAUGGCGCAUCACGGGCGACUGGAAGUACGUCCAGCGCGCGGCGGACGCGGUGGACUCGUUCCUGAAGUAUCUCCCCACGACUGUCGCGUACGCGGGUAUCAACGACGUCGACGCGACCGACUCGGGGUUCAUCGACGAUAUGCAGAGCUUCUGGUUCGGGGAGGUCCUGAAGUACUUCCUCGAUGAGUACGUGUUUAACACCGAGGCACACCCCUUCAAGGCGCCGCCCGCCAAGCCGGUGUACGGCAGUGGCCAGAUUCUGGAAAGCGACCCGUCUGCGUUCAAGAUUAUCUCCCAACACGGCCCCGUGGUCAGCCCCGUGCCUUCCGUGGUUGUGUCCAUCACGGUUCCCAGUGCGACCGGCCUCUGA